AUGGGGUGUGUCUUGGCAGAGGGCUUCUUGUGGCACACGUGUGCUAUGCCGAGUGUCCCUGACCAUGCUCGUGGCCAGGAGAAGGUGGGCAUCUCUCUCCUCACAUGCCGCUGGGGCCUGGGGGCGCCUUCUGCCUCUGGUAAAGUCAUGUUUGUCCUCACAUAUCCUCUGGGGCGUCAGCCAUCCGGGUCUCCGGCUUGUGCCGAUGGGGUUGUGGGGCUCAACCUGGGCUCAUCUCCACAGAUGUUUCACGCGCUCUCCAUUUCCAGGGAGCUCAUGUCAUGCCUACAUUUUUUCUCUCUCCCUCCAAGCUCUGUGGAAGAGUGGGAGCCGUGGAGUCUGGUCUCAUUGUCCUGCCCCGUUCAGGAUAGGAGGGUGGCCAAGUCAGAGGACAGAAGUGCCCAGGAUCCCUGCCCCUUGCCCCCGAGUGUGUCGUCGUCCAGGCAGGCUCCUGUUCUCUUUGGUCACUUGUGGGGGGGUCUCCUGAGCCAGAGAGACCCCGGAGUGAGCAGGGGAGGGAGCAGACACGCGGGGACAGAGGCCACUGGGUCCCAGUGUCCCGCAGAGGACGCUCCAUUACAGGCCACAGGAGGGCGUGGGCAUGGGCGUUAG